CGGUACACGCGUGCGUAGUGGAAAGUAGCUGCUGAUGCAAGAAACAGGGGUGCUCACAGGCACUGUGAUCUUUACACAUUCUCUAACAGAGACCUCUACCAACAAGCUACAGACAUGUCAGGAGACGAGAUGAUCUUCGACCCCACCAUGACCAAGAAGAAGAAGAAGAAGAAGAAGCCCUUCAUGCUGGAGGAGGAUGGGGGCGAUGGCGUGGCCGACGAGUCCCAGGGACCUGUGGAGGCCAAGGAGGUGGAGCCAGAGGGCCAGGAGGAGAAGGAGUUUGACGCAGACGAGGACGAGGGCAGGAAGAAAGGUCAGCGGACGGUGACAUUUGCGCACAUCCCAGGAAAAGAGGUUUCAGAUGAUCUGGACGAUUUGAACUUCUUCAAUCAGAAGAAAAAGAAGAAAAAACAAAAAAAAGUAUUUGGCGAUGACGUUGAAGAGGGGAUGAAGGACCUAAAAAUCGAGAGUGAGCCGUCAGAGGCGAUGGAUGAGGAUGACCUAGAUCUCAUGCUGCCCGCCAAGAAGAAGAAGUCAAAGAAAGUGGACUUCGACGAGGGAGAGCUGCUGGAGAAGGAUGAAGCUCUGGAUGACGAUGAUGCCAAGAAUUCAGACAUCACCUUCAGUUCACAGGCGGGCCCUACGUGGGCAGGCACUGAGAGAGAUUACACUUAUGAUGAGCUGCUGAAUCGGGUGUUUAACAUCAUGCGGGAGAGGAACCCCGACAUGGUGGCCGGAGAGAAGAGGAAGUUCGUCAUGAAGCCUCCUCAGGUGGUGCGAGUGGGCACCAAGAAGACGUCCUUCGUCAACUUCACAGACAUCUGCAAACUGCUGCAUCGUCAACCCAAACAUCUCCUUGCCUUCUUAUUGGCUGAGCUUGGUACAAGUGGCUCCAUUGAUGGAAAUAACCAGCUUGUUAUCAAGGGAAGAUUUCAACAGAAACAGAUAGAGAAUGUGCUGAGAAGAUACAUUAAGGAAUAUGUCACCUGUCACACGUGUCGCUCCCCGGACACCAUUCUGCAAAAAGACACGCGUCUGUACUUCCUACAGUGCGAGACGUGUCACUCCCGCUGCUCCGUCGCUAGCAUCAAGACCGGCUUCCAGGCUGUCACAGGAAAGAGAGCUCAGCUUCGUGCCAAAGCCAACUAACGGGAACGCCGGGGCGCUGCUGCUGCUCCUCUUUGCCCCUUCCUAUCACCCCUCUACACUCCCCUCUGUCAAGCCAACAACCAUAGGGGAGCCACUGAUAGCCCACUGCUGCCCUGAAUUGACUACAUCGAACCUGGGCAAAUAUCUCACCGUGAUAGGGUCAUGGACAUCUUGGGUAUCAUGUGGGGGAGGGGAACAGGUCUUUGAUGUUUUCUUUUUCGGGGGGCCGGGUGCUGGGCGUAGGAGGGGUUGUUGAUGUGAUGCUAUAGAUAUUAUACUCUGUUUUGUUUUUCCAACUCCGGUUGAGCAGGAGAAGGAGAGUCAUGGGGCCUUUACUGCAGAGGCACCGUGUGGCACUGGAUGCUUUAAACCACCAGCCCACACACACAUACACAUACAGUACACCCCCUCUGGUACCAAUGUGGUCCUCAUCACCACCACCACUUCCUCUGACCCCCCCGGUCAUCACCUUUUCAGAGUUUUACAGUUUAGCCGGCAUAUUAAAGUGCUCUUGGUUAAAAGAGAAAGAAUUUCAGUACUUUUCGGUCAAAGCCCCCCUAACGUUGUCCUCCCAUCUGCCUAAGAAUAUGCGAUGUGUGGUUUUAUCAUGUGUGUGUGGUUUAACCAACGUGGCAUUGCUCUCAGGGAAGAUGGCAGCAGUCCAGCGUAGUAGUUUCAUCUCACAGGCUCUGGGUUAAGCUUCUCCAGAGAGUUUAUAGAGAGCUCCCUGGGUAUUUGGGGAUUUUGGGUCAACUCAUGUCUUCUCUCUCUCUCUCUCUCUCUCUCUCUCUCUCUCUCGCACGCACGCACGCACGCACGCACACAGCAGCUGUGAAAGUUUAUCAUUUUACAUUUCCCAACCUGCUGCCUGAUAUCAGUAUUGGUGAAGGACAACAAAAGUGUGUGUACUGCUGUCAUACACAAGGGCUGUUUGCCUCAUUGGGGUAGGCGUUGGACAGUUUUUAAUCAACCUCUGUAUUGUAGACCAACAGAAUUGUGAUCUAUCUCUCUCUCUCUCUCUCUCUCUCUCUCUCUCUCUCAGAAAGUGAUUUAAUUAUGGCCCACAAGAAAACAGGAUGUGGUUCUAACACAGCAGCAGAUGUGCAGAUUCGAGUGUUUUGGAAUAAAAGUGAUAAAUGAAAAUGA